UGAUAAUUUUUUAAUUAUAACUCGUCGCGCACUAUCGGUCUAAUCUAAUCUGUCGCCGAACGAUUGCGAUAUUCGCUACAAUAUCUUACGAGAUUGCACAAUUUCAUUUAAACAAAACGCUUUCUCAUCAAUACUAUGUUGACUCUAUUUUUAGUAUUGCUAUGUUCACCAUUCAUUGUUGAUGCAGUUAAUCGAGAUCAAUUUAAAAGAUGCGAUCAGAGCAGCUUCUGUCGACGAUGCAGAAAGAUGGAGUCUGGCAAAACACCUUAUCAGCUCUUACCAGACACAUUUGUACAAAAUGAAUCCAUGAUCACAAUAGACUUGUUCAAUAAAGAUACAGGUGUUUCAUACAUAUUACAAGUCACCACAUUAAAAGAGAGUACAUUUAGAUUAUAUAUAAAUGAAAAAAACCCGCUGCAUCUCAGAUACAAAACUGAAUAUGCUCUUCAUGAUCAACCACAAACAGUGAACAUAGAUCUUGUUGAGAAGAAUGCAGAAAGUAUAACUGUAGUGAAGGGUGAAAACAAAGCAAUUCUACAUGUAAAUCCAUUUAAAGUGGAUCUAUAUUCCCAAGAUGUUUUAAUGAUAUCAGCAAAUGCUCGUGGCCUUAUGAGAUUUGAACAUUUGCGUACCAAACCAGUUAAAUCAGAACAAGAUGAGAAUGAAGCUGCAGAAACAAAGAACAACACGUAUCCUGGUGACAGCGCUGACGAUGAUCCUGGUGCCUGGGAAGAAAGCUUCAAGGAGCAUCACGAUUCCAAACCAUUUGGACCCGAGGCUGUAGCCAUGGAUUUCAGCUUUCCUGGAUCGGAGCACGCUUAUGGUAUACCAGAACAUGCUGAUUCGUUAGCAUUACGCUCAACUAAAUCCACCGAUCCGUACAGGCUAUACAAUUUAGAUGUGUUUGAAUACGAAACAAACGAGCGUAUGUCUGUAUAUGGCGCGAUUCCAGUACUUUAUGCUCAUGGAAAAGAUAAAUCAUCAGGUGUUUUCUGGCACAAUACAGCAGAAACUUGGAUCGACAUUUUAUCAAGUGCAGAUAAUAAUGUUGUGGAAAGCAUUGUUAAUUUUGUGUCUGGAUCUGCUAAAAAAUCUCAAGUGGACGCUUAUUUCAUGUCAGAGUCCGGAGUGAUUGAUGUGUUUUUCAUGUUAGGUCCAAAGCCGCUUGAUGUUUUUAGACAGUACACUGUUUUAACUGGCACAGCGCCUUUGCCGCAGAUGUUUGCUCUUGGAUAUCAUCAAUCUCGUUGGAAUUACAAUGAUCAAGACGAUGUCGCAACUAUCGCCGAAAGUUUUGAUAUACACGAUAUUCCGCUGGAAGUAAUGUGGCUUGAUAUCGAAUACACAGACAACAAAAAGUAUUUCACGUGGGAUUCGCGUAAAUUUCCGAACCCUCUUGAAAUGAUACACAAUCUCACGACUAAAGGCAGAAAAUUGGUGGUUAUUAUCGAUCCUCAUAUCAAACGUGAUAAUAAUUACUUUUUGCAUAACGAUGCCACCAACAUGGGUUAUUACAUCAAAAACAGAGAUGGAAAAGAUUACGAAGGCUGGUGCUGGCCCGGAUCUUCGUCGUAUCUCGACUUCUUCGAUCCAAAAGUUGUCGAAUAUUACAUCAGUUUAUACGAUCUGGAUAAGUUUCAUGGUACCACUAACGAUGUCUAUAUCUGGAACGACAUGAACGAACCGAGUGUGUUUAACGGGCCGGAAGUAACCGCACCGAAAGAUCUUGUUCAUCAUGGAGGCUGGGAACACAGAGACGUUCACAAUAUUAACGGGCAUAUGUACAUCCGUGCGACGUACGAAGCUUUAUUCCGUCGGUCGGGCGGUUCUCUCAGACCGUUUGUUCUAACGAGAUCAUUCUUUGCCGGAUCGCAACGCUACGCAGCAAUGUGGACUGGCGACAAUACGGCAGAAUGGAGUCAUCUACGUAUAAGUUAUCCCAUGUGUCUCUCGGUGGCUAUAUCCGGUAUGUCGUUUUGUGGUGCCGAUAUCGGAGGUUUCUUUAAAAAUCCAGACUCCGAGCUGUUUAUCAGAUGGUAUCAGGCGGGAGCGUGGCUACCUUUCUACCGUCAACAUUCUCAUAUCGAAACAAAAAGACGCGAACCGUGGACGUUCAACGAGGAAACCACCCAAAUAGUUCGCGAUACACUCAGACUGCGAUACUCUUAUCUGCCGCUUUGGUACACGCUCUUCAGAGAACAUGAGAUAAACGGUCUGCCCGUUAUACGUCCUUUAUGGGCGCAUUAUCCUACCGAAUCGGAAACGUUCACCAUCGAUGACCAUUUGUUACUCGGCGACGCCAUACUGGUGCGCCCGGUAUUUCAAUCCGGUGCGACGGAAGUAUCGGUUUACUUUCCAGGAGAGGGCAAGGUGACUUGGUACGAUAUCGACACAAUGCUACCCUAUCAAAACGCAGGAUACGUUAAUAUACCGGUAACGAUCCACAAGAUUCCCGUGUUCCAAAAAAGUGGUUCCAUCGUUCCGCGAAAAAUGAGAAUACGACGUAGCACAGUCGCCAUGAAGAAUGAUCCUUACACGCUUAUAAUAAUUGCCGACAGUAACGGCAAGGCCAGUGGCAAUCUAUAUAUCGACGAUGAAACCAGCUUUGAAUAUCGCCACGGCAAAUACCUCUAUCUGAGAUUAACUUUGAAUGGCUAUAAGAUAAGUACAACUAUAAUAGACAACCUAGCUUCGUACGAAACACAAAGCUGGUUAGAGAGAAUAGAUAUAGUCAAUCCACCGAAAAGAAUUAAAUCUGCUCAACUGGAUUCUCGCAGUAUGGGAAAAGUGACAUUGGAAACUACAUAUAAUCCCCAUAAUGACGUAUUAACGAUACGUAAACCAGGUGUAAAUAUGGGCGAAGCAUGGGUUAUUGAAUUAUUAUCUUAAGAUUGUGGAUCUUACUCAUAAACCGAGAUUCCCAAUAAUCCAUACGAUAAUGCUACUUUUUUAUUACAUGUUUUCAGCUAUCUGUGAUCUGAAUGAUUACGUUUCCUAGAGCAAAGAAUACGAUUUAGCUAUACUUUGAGAGUGAAAUGAUUGUUACUAACUUUAUUCUGUCUUCUUCGACAAGAUAUGAUAUUUAUAGCGUUUACAAUAUGUGCAACAUGAUAUAUCUUGGACGAACUUUGUAUAAGAGCAAGUCUCUGUAACUUACAAUUUUAUUUUAUACAACUCAAUAAAAAUAUGAAAGUAAAAGAGCUAUUGUAGCUAUUCUAGCACA